UUUAUCGUUAUUGUUAUUCAUAAUGUCUUUUAAACAUUAAAAUGAUCUAACAUAACGUCUUUCAGUUGACAGAACUACAAAUGGGUCACGUUGGCUCGCGUAAUGACGUCAUCGCUACGCGCCCAGACUCAAGCGAUGCAUGGGAAUUUAACGAUGGAGGAGCAGGUCACGACCCCCGGAGCUCCGUCAGCUGGGGACACAAACACCGGGAAACGCAAACACGACGACGAGCCGGACCCCCCGGAGACAGGCGGCCGGGGUAAGAAGCGAAGAGGAGCCGGAGGGAAGAAGCUCCGUCCUGGGGAGAGGUACGUCCCACCGCCCCAGAAACGGAACCCGGGGGUCAGCUUCAGCCAGGAACACUUCGACGAAACGUCCUACUUCUUCGAAGGCGGCCUGCGCAAAGUUGUCCCGUAUUACUUUGACUUUAAAACCUACUGCAAAGGCCGGUGGAUCGGGAAAAGCCUACUGGAGGUCUUCAAGAGCGAGUUCAGAGCGGAGUCCAUAGAGUACUAUGAGAAGGCUGCGAAAGAGGGCCGCAUCCGGCUCAACGAGAGUCCUGUGGAUGACCUGUCCGUGGUGCUCAGGAAUAACGACCACAUGAGGAACACCGUGCAUCGCCAUGAGCCUCCCGUAAUCGGCGCUCCGCUGAAGAUCCUGGUGGACGACGGGGAAGUCCUCGUGGUCGACAAGCCGGCUUCCAUCCCCGUCCAUCCGUGCGGCCGUUUCCGCCACAACACGGUGAUCUUCAUCCUGGGUAAAGAGCAUGGCGUCUCCAAGCUGCACACCGUCCACAGGCUGGACAGACUCACCUCGGGGGUGCUACUGUUCGCCCGGACGCUGGAGACGUCCAAGAAGCUGGACCAGCUGGUGAGGGACAGACAGCUUGAGAAGGAGUAUGUGUGUCGAGUAGAGGGGGAAUUUCCCGAGGGCGAGCUGAUCUGUGAGGAGCCCAUCCUGGUGGUCUCCUUUAAAAUCGGGCUCUGCCGGGUCGACCCGAAGGGAAAAGAGAGCAGAACCGUCUUCCGGAGGCUCAGCUUCAAUGGAAAAACCAGCCUAGUCCGCUGUUUACCGCUCACCGGCCGCACACACCAGAUCCGAGUCCACCUGCAGUACCUGGGCUUUCCCAUCCUCAACGACCCCAUAUAUGGGUCCCACGCCUGGGGCCCCCACAGGGCCAAAGGGGGCGUGGUGGGGAAGAGCGACGAAGAGCUGCUGCAGGCUUUAGUGGAAGAACAUCGCUCUCAGGAAAGUUUACACCUUCUGGACUUUAUAGACGACUGCGGCGCUGCGAAGGAAGCAGAGAAAACAAACGCUUUUCCGACACACACAGAGGAAGAAAACUCCAGCCAGGUUCCACCAGAGGAGCGUCAGAGUACUGGAUCAACUGAAGCUGAAUCGGGUCAGAAAAGUCCCCCAGGAAGCCGGGACCACCUGUGCAGCGAAUGCAGGCUGGUGCGACCGGACCCCACGGAGAAGGAUCUCGUCAUGUAUCUCCACGCUUUACGCUACAAAGGUCCGGACUUUGAAUAUUCCACACAGUUACCCGACUGGGCCGAAGCGGACUGGGAGGAGACCUGAUCUCAGCUGACCUCAUUUAGUCACAUUUUUUAUUUAUUUUGUCUCUAAUUUCUGGGGUUUUAUUUUGAUACUUCUCAGGAGAUUUUCUGAAGACGUUGCUGUAAAACACCUCAGUAGGAGGAUUGUUUGUAUUUAAUUUUAAACAUCUGAAAUAAACCAACCUCUGCUGCUGCUGAAAAAUUUGCUUUAUUUCAGGUUUGUUAAGAAAAAAAAACAAAUCAUGGUUCCUAUCUGAAAUUUUGCUUCAGUAUUUUUCCGAUCUAGAAAGAUAUGGGGGGGAAAUGGUGCACUGAUUAGCACUUUUCUCACAAUGUCGAUUUUAGUCCAAUACAAAUUGUUUUUGUCUGAAAUGUUGCAAUGUAAAUAUAGUUAUAUCAAGAAAAUUGCUGAGUUUGAAACAGUGGGGUGACUAUUGUUAACUGCAAACAUGAUAACUUGCAAACAUGAUCUGGUGGAAGAGGACAGUGGCUGAUUUUUAGACUUUUAUGCUGUGUUCACACCAAACGCGUUUCAGGCGUCAAAAAUGAGUCCGACGCUUCAAGUUGGGCGCAUUAGCACUUUGAAGUCAGACGCUUGACAUUUUGCUCUAGACGCGCUUUGGGACAAGCCGUUGUUUUCCUGUUGCCGGUCUCUGUACUAUGGCGAAUGAUAUUGAUAGAGUGUCACCAAAAUUAUGUAGUGAAAGCUUCUGAAAUUAUAACGGAGGCCCAGAUGUCUUUGCUGAACAUUUUGUGUUCAGUUUCUGUCGAACAAAAACGUUCGAGAGCUGAUAACGACACGACUUGUGUUGGAGCCUCUUUCCUUUUUUCCUCUCCCAGUUACUUUGAACAAUGAUGGAUGAAAUACUGAGAGUAUCUUGGUUUUAUUUACUGAAAUCAACAGAAUGUCGUCGUGUUUGAAUUCACCAGAUAAUGCAGAGGUGUUGCGAGUUUCACAAUCUAGCUGGGCGCUGUUUUCGUCUCACCCAGGCCUAGUUUGGUGACUUGCUAACCUGCAUUGGUGCCUGCAUCUCCUGGCAGGUCACCAACUACAGGCCACUACGUCACAUAGCGGACUCUCCAGUCAUUGGUUGACACUCUUCGUCCAUUGGCAAAAGUUCAGAUUUUAAAACUCCAGCAUUGGACACGCUUGAUGCGUGUCGACGCUCAAAACGCUUCAGUCGUGCAGCUCUUGACCUAUGAAACGUUUUCCCUGACAUGUGUUCACAUAAGACUUUGAAUGUAAACCAGACGCUCAAAUCAUGCUCGACGUGAACCCAAAAUUCCCCCAAGGUAAGAUUGGGGGAAAAAGAUUGGCUUCAUAUGCAAGAAUCUUCCAAUCACUGAUAUCCCAUAAUUAAGGAAAUACGUAUUGAUAAAUAACCUGAUCAAAAAAUCGGUUUACCCCUAAACAUGAAAUAUGGAAAACAUUUCCAUUCAUCCACUUGCAUGUGUAUUUAUCGUAUUGUUUAUCAUCAUUAGGAAUAAACCGAUAUAAAAAUUUGGGCUGGUAUCGAUAUACGAUAUCAAUAUUACUGUUAUGUUUCAGCACCUUUUGGAAAAAAUCGACCAGAAACAGACGGCAACAACAAAGAAUUAAACAUGUCUGGAGGAAACAUCAAAAGUCUGAAUCAAAAGUUUUAUUUCAGGUUUGUGAAAAGGUGGUAACCCAGACAGCUGGAUGUGAUGAUGGUGCAGCUGAGGCGUCUUUUCCACCACAGAAUAAAAAGUCGGACUGUUCUUUCUUGAGUUUAAGUCAGGUUAUUCUGCUGACUGCUAGAACAAAGACUUUCUAAGAACUUAAUCACACUUAUGGCGUCAAAAGCUUGAACAACUCAGAGGCACAUUUUAUGAAAGUCUUGCCAAGGUCUCAUGCUGAACCACGAUCAAAACCACCUUAAAGUCCUCUGUUUUUACACUUCAUGUCCUUUAGAGGAACACAAAACACAUUUUUUACUCAAACAACAAGCAAAGACAAAUACUUUUCUGACACCAAUAAAGUUUUGCAUUGGUUAAAAAUAGAUAUUUUAUAUUGACAAAAAAUGAAAAAUUUGACAAUUCCCUGGUAUAAAUUUAAAUUACAGCCUCAUUUUCCUCACCAAAAGUCCAAAUAUACUUAGAUAUUUUUUUAAAAAUUUAAAUAACUUUGUUUAUUUAAAAUCUGUUUGUGAUUUAAAGUGACUGAGCAAAUAAUCACAAAUUAUUAUAUUUAAGUCCUUCAGGAUAUCCAAAUUUCCUGAUCUUCUCUAAUUAUUGAUUGAUCAAAAACCUCAGAUGUUUGAUCUGCUGAGCAGUUUCUUUAACAGAAAUCCCACAUCUGGUUUUCUGAUUCGACACCAACCACCUGCCUUCAUCGGCUUUAUUUAAAUUGAACAAUACGAGGGGAAAAAAUCACUUCCAAAUGUUAAAGCACCAACUCAAUAACAAACAUCAACUUUAGGACAAAGAGCACUUUUUAUAGUAAAUUGUUCCAGGGGUGAUUGCAUUGGAUUGUUUUAGACUUCUAAUAACAGUAAUAAAUGGCUUUAGGGAUAUCACCAGAAAACCUUACAUGCUACACAUAUAAUUAAGGCAUAAUUACACCACAAUGUACAAAAAAGAUGCUUUUAAAUGUUGUUGGCUUAUGGCCAUAAGGGAUACUCAAUGUCGGUUUAUCUUGAGUAAGAAUUGCAAUUUCAAUAAAAAUAUAAUCAAUAAAUUAAUUAUAUAAUUUUAAAACAUAAAAUAAUCUAAAUGCUUUUAUUUGGAACAAAAAAUUGCACAGGCUUUGUAGAGUAAUACCAGGAAUAAAGCUAUCUGCUGUUGUAGAGGCUGCAGUCAGCUGGUUAGCAGACAUUAUCGUCCCAACUGUAAUUUUGAGCUUGCAUUAUAAGAGUGACAAACUUCCAAAAUAGCCCAAUUUUUCUUAAUUGUAAGUAAACGGAAACAUAUAGGAAAUUUAUUGGAGUCAGCGUGAGCAGCAAUGUGUGGGGGAGGAGCAAGGCUGCGCUCCUGUGCUCCAUAACGCACAGGAGCGCGUUUGCAACUGCGUCACUAAUCAUUCGAGGCGCCAUGAUGGACGUUGGGAGUAUUGAACUGAGCAACUGAAACUGUUUACCUAAGUUGUUUUUGCCCGUUAAUUCGUGGCUUCUUCUUGAUCGAGUCGAGCUAAAUUUAUCUGUGAACGUAACACACCUGGUUGGGCCUCAUAGACGGCGGCAUUUACAAGUUGGAAAUAGCUAGCUUAGAAACCGAUUCAUGCCUGCUUCCUGCCUGAAGUCGCCACACGAUUCAUAUCACUAUGUCACAAACAGCGUUUCCCUUUGCACCGGAGCAGCAUUAAAAACGUACAAAACACGAGAUGCUAACCAGUUUUUUCUCCUACAUGCUAGGCUACAUGACGGUGGGCAUUGUCUCCUUGGUUACUAAUGGUUAGACGCCUACCUUCGCCAUAAUGCAAUAUUGGAUACUAUCUUAAUAACCGUAUUUACUUAUAAAGUAUAUGAACGUUAAUCUUCUUACCUUGUAAAAAGUAUUCGCUGCAAAUCCGCGAUUACGCCGAGAGCUGACAGUCAUUACUAUUGGCAGCUGCGAUCCAUCGCUGCCAUAAGUUUCCUCAUUAAAAGUUAUGCAAUAAAAUGACAAGUUUGGUUUUCACCCUUAUCUGUACAGCUGACCGCGCAACAUCCUAUGGACCAUUUUUAAAGUGAAAUAAACUAAGUAAAAGUGAUAAUAGGCUACCAACAUGUCCCGUUUUUUGACAGGUUUACUGGAGCGAAUUAGUUGUUUGACGUCCAUCAUGGCGGAGCGGGCCGAGUUCUGAGGACCGUGACGUCACGUGCAAAGGGUCAAUAACAAACCAUUGGGUCGGUUAUGAAAAUGUUUUUAAAACCUAAAUAUAGUUUCAUACUGGAGUCAGUAAUGAUGUACAGUAAAAUGUAACUUUUUCAGCAGUGAAUAUCCAGUAAGUAAACAGUAUUUUUAGCAUUUUUCUGCUGUUUUAUACCAACCCACUCAGUACAAAGAAGCUGAAAUUUGUAUUUCAGAAGCCCAAACUUUUAAAUUUUAAAGAAAAAAAAAA